UCCCUCCUCAGCUGAGCUGACGCCGUCUGCCUGCCGAGAAAUCCAGACUCCUGCGAUGAUGAGACUAUGAUGAAUGCAGUCUGGGCUGUCGAUUGUGUAAUGGAGUUGAUGUGAGAAUGGCAAUUCCUCAGUCAAAAUCAACCAAAAUGGGAAAGUCCAGACUGUUCCGCAUUUUUAUGAUUGUGGGUGCCGUCUUCAUGAUUCUUCUUAUAAUCAUAUACUGGGAUGAUGUGGGGGCCUCUAAUUUUUACCUGCACACAACCAUCUCUGGGCCCCAUCCGUCCCGCCUCUCUCCGCAGAGCCGUCGUGACCCUGAAAAGAAAGUAGAGGAAGACAAAGAGAGCUCGUUUUUGAUGGACAUAGAAGCUUUUGUCAACCAGUUUUUAGAAGGAACCGCAGACCCCACGGAACAGGUGAGAGGAGAACCACCCCCUGGAGAUGCCCACAAUCAGUCCUCUGAGAAAUCAGAGGAGAAAUUUGUCCCGAGAAGAGAGUGGAAGAUCCAUCUGACGCCAAUUGACCCUGAGAAAAAACAAAGGCAGGACAGUAGAAAGCAGCUGAUCCAAGAUGUGUGCAGUAACAAAAGUUAUUUUGACUUCCCCGGAAAGAACAGGACUUUUGAUGACAUACCCAAUAAAGAAUUGGAUCACCUCAUCGUGGACGACAGGCAUGGGAUUAUUUACUGUUACGUUCCCAAGGUGGCCUGCACAAACUGGAAGCGCAUCAUGAUCGUGCUGAGCGAGAGCCUGUUAUUGGACGGCGUGCCCUACCAAGACCCUCUAGAUGUUCCUCAGGAGCUCAUCCAUAACAGUAGCCUGCACUUCACCUUCAACAAGUUCUGGAAGCGCUAUGGAAAGUUCUCACGGCACCUCAUGAAAAUCAAGCUUAAGAAAUACACCAAGUUUUUGUUCAUCAGGGAUCCUUUCGUACGACUGAUCUCUGCCUAUCGCAACAAAUUCGAACAAGAGAACGAGGACUUCUACAAAAGAUUUGCGCUUGUCAUGCUGAGAAAAUUCAGCAAUUACUCGGAUCCACCGGCAUCAGUCGUGGACGCUUUUGCCACUGGGAUUCGACCGUCUUUCUCAAAUUUCGUUCAGUAUUUAUUGGAUCCUAACACUGAGAAAGAGAUGCCUUUCAACGAGCACUGGAGACAAAUGUACCGUCUGUGCCAUCCCUGCCAGAUAAAUUAUGAUUUCGUGGGGAAGCUGGAGACCUUGGAUGAGGACGCUGAGCAUUUGUUGCGGAUUCUCCGCGUAGACAAUGUUGUGGAGUUCCCACAAAGUCAUCGCAAUCGAACGGUCAGCAGUUGGGAGCAGGACUGGUUUGCCAACAUACCAUUGGAGUUCAGAAAAGAGCUGUACAGGCUCUAUGAGGCCGACUUUAAACUGUUUGGAUAUUCUAAACCAGAGAAGCUGUUACAUGAGUGAUACGCUGAUUGUCAACUUUACUGAGGUGCUGACAAGAUUUUCACAGCUGAAGAAACAGGGCAAUAGGAGUUCCUGCUGCUUGGUUCUUAAUGUGCGGCUCUUUCACAUGAUGCUGUUUAUAAACGCCCUUUCGCAUGACUCGCGUCCUGAGGAUCAAUGUUUGGCUAGUUAGCAUGGUCCAGUUAAAGGGGUCAUAUGAUGUUGCUAAAAAGAACA